AUGGGAGGCCGGGAAAGAAGCAACGACUGCACUAGAAGCAGAGCGCAAACACAGCGCAAACCAAACCCCCGAGAGGCCCCGCCCCCCGCCUGCCUCUUUCCAGCCUCCGCAACCAGAGGAGCUGCCGCCACGUCUGCGCGCCUGCAGUGGCUGGUCGUCCGGAACUGCUCCAGCUUCUUGAUCAAGAGGAACAAGUAGACUAACAGCACCAAACCCAGUAACCUAAAGGCCCGCGACUCCUUCCGCCACAACGGGCUCAUUCACCGCAAGACUGUGGGUGUAAAGCCGGCAGCAGAUAGCAAAGGGGUCGUGGUAGCGAUGAAGCGAUGAUCCAGCCCGCGAAAGCCGGCCACCUAUGUGCGGGCCACCCUCAGCAGCAUCCGGCACAUGAUCCAAAAGAGCAAGCACCACACGGAUUGGCGCCUGGCCGCCCCCUGCAGAGCCAGCGCCAUCCUG